GAGAUUCAAAGGAGACGAACCUCCCAUCUGCUUCUUUGCCAUGUCUGGAUCUACUCAGCCUGUGACGCAGAACUGGCGAGCCACCGAGCCACGCUAUCCCCCUCACGCCAUGUCCUAUCCUGUUCAGAUCAGUCGGACACAUGCGGAUGUGGGUCUGUUAGAGUAUCAGCAUCAUCCCAGGGAUUACACUUCCCACCUACCACCUGGAUCUAUUAUGCAGCCGCAGCGGAGGAGGCCUUCCUUGCUGUCUGAAUUCCAGCCAGGGAAUGAAAGGUCGCAGGAGUUACACCUGAGAGCCGAGCCCCACUCCUAUCUCUCUGACAUGAGCAAACAGUCAGAAAUAGAGUUCAUUGAAACAAAACGACCGCGGCUAGACCUGCUGCAAGACUCGCUGAUGCGGCACUCGCCUCUACUCAACCAAAAUCAGCAGGGAGGGACGGAAGAUCUCUCAAAGGAGCGAAGCCUGACGGGCAAGCUGGGACCCGUGUCUCCGGUCAGCCCCGCCCACCCUGACUCGGAGCUGGAUCUGUUACCCUCCAGGCUCUCGAAGGAGGAGCUGAUCCAGAACAUGGACCGAGUGGAUCGGGAGAUUACCAUGGUGGAACAGCAGAUCUCCAAGCUGAAAAAGAAACAGCAACAGUUGGAGGAGGAAGCAGCCAAACCACCAGAGCCUGAGAAACCGAUGUCACCCCCGCCUAUUGAGUCCAAGCACCGCAGCUUAGUGCAGAUAAUCUAUGAUGAGAACAGGAAAAAAGCAGAAGCGGCCCACAGGAUCCUGGAAGGACUGGGUCCCCAAGUGGAACUGCCAUUAUACAACCAGCCUUCAGACACCAGGCAGUACCAUGAAAACAUUAAAAUAAACCAGGCAAUGCGGAAGAAGUUAAUUUUGUACUUUAAGAGGAGAAAUCAUGCUCGUAAACAGUGGGAACAGAAGUUUUGCCAGCGCUAUGACCAGCUGAUGGAAGCCUGGGAAAAGAAAGUGGAGCGCAUUGAAAAUAACCCCCGGCGCCGUGCCAAGGAGAGCAAAGUGCGGGAGUACUAUGAGAAGCAGUUCCCAGAGAUCCGGAAGCAGCGGGAACUGCAGGAGCGCAUGCAGAGCAGGGUAGGACAGAGGGGCAGCGGUCUCUCCAUGUCGGCCGCACGCAGUGAACACGAGGUGUCAGAAAUUAUUGAUGGGCUCUCGGAACAAGAGAACCUGGAGAAGCAGAUGCGCCAGCUAGCCGUCAUCCCCCCCAUGCUAUACGAUGCUGACCAGCAGCGCAUUAAAUUCAUCAACAUGAACGGCCUGAUGGACGACCCCAUGAAGGUGUAUAAGGACCGGCAGGUGAUGAACAUGUGGAGCGAACAGGAGAAGGAGACCUUUCGGGAAAAGUUCAUGCAGCAUCCAAAGAAUUUUGGUGUGAUUGCUUCAUUUUUGGACAGGAAGACGGUGGCAGACUGCGUGCUCUAUUACUACCUGACCAAGAAGAGUGAGAACUACAAGAACCUGGUGAGGAGGAAUUAUCGACGAAGGGGGAAGAAUCAGCAGCAGCAGCAGCAGCAGCAGAUGCCCCGUAGCAGCCAAGAGGAGAAGGAUGAAAAAGAGAAAGAAAAGGAGAAGGAGGCAGAGAAGGAGGAAGACAAACAGGAAGCAGAAAACGACAAAGAAGAACUGACAAAGGAGAAGAAUGACGACACGUCCGGGGAGGAUAACGACGAGAAAGAAGCCGUCGCUUCCAAAGGGCGUAAAACCGCCAACAGUCAGGGCAGGCGCAAAGGCCGCAUCACCCGUUCCAUGGCUAACGAGGCCAACCACGAGGAGGCAGCCGCUCCUCAGCAGAACACAGAGCUGGCUUCUUUGGAGAUGAAUGAAAGUUCUCGCUGGACAGAGGAAGAAAUGGAAACGGCCAAAAAAGGUCUCCUUGAACAUGGGCGGAACUGGUCGGCCAUUGCCAGGAUGGUGGGCUCCAAGACUGUGUCGCAGUGCAAAAACUUCUAUUUCAACUACAAGAAAAGACAGAACCUGGACGAGAUCCUACAGCAGCACAAACUAAAAAUGGAGAAAGAAAGGAACGCAAGGCGGAAGAAGAAGAAAGCCCCUGCCGUUCAGAAUGAAGAAGCUGCCUUCCCUCCCACGGCAGAGGACGAGGAGAUGGAGGUAUCUGGGACAAGCGGCAACGAAGAGGAGAUGGCCGAGGAGGCGGAAGCUGCAGUAAAUCACAGCUCGGAUACCGAGAGUAUUCCCUCGCCGAGGCCUGAAGCCAAAGAAAGUGGAGAGAAUGGGCCCAAGCCUACACCUGGGCCUGGGAGAGACUCCGGUCCAGAACCUGCCCUCAAGGCGGAGGAUGCUGAUGCUGCUACUGCAGCUAAUCCCACCGCUACCACCACCCCACAACCCCAGGAGGCAGCUGCUGAGCCAGCCAGCAGUGAGGAGAAGCCGCUGGAGGAGCUGGUGGUAGACGUGGUGAAAACGGAGGAGCCGGAGGAGAAGCCAAGCGAGGAGCCCUGCAAGAGUGAAAUCAAAAAGGAGGAGACCGAGGACUGCCCGGAGGGAGACAAGGCGAGCGACAAGAAAACCGAGAGCGGCAGCAGCGCGGCGGGAGCAGAGGCGGCGCCCAAAGCUGAGAAGAAGGAGAGUCAUAAACCAGGCAAAGCCGCCGGGCUCAACCCCGACAGCGACUCCAGCGCCACCUGCAGCGCAGACGAGAUGGACGAGCAGGAUACCGGGGACAAAAACAGGCUGCUGUCUCCGAGGCCGAGCCUCCUCAACGCUGCCGCCGAUGCCAGGCUGAACUCUUCGCCUCAGAAACCAUUGGACCUGAAGCAGCUGAAACAGAGAGCUGCUGCCAUCCCCCCCAUUAUUUCCGAGGGAUUCCCAGAUGGGACGUUACAGAGCGGAAGCAUGAAGCCUCAGGUGCCUCACCACGCCUUGGCCCUCUACCAGCAGCAGAUCACUAAAGCCCAUGAAUCUGCCCGGGACGACGUGGCCCAGAGCAAGCAGCAACAGCGGCCUGAGCAGGAGCAGCAGGCAAGCAGUAGCCCCAGGGGAAAGAGCAGGAGCCCAGCUGUGGGUGACAAAGAAGAAAAACCAGUGCCUUUCUCGUCACUUGCAGAGGGGCCGAAGCUAAGCGGAGAGCAGACUGCCACGUCGUGCUGGCCCCCUGUGCUGCCAUACCAAGUGUCCUCUAGGGAUGUGAUCAAAACCUCCCCGCAAGCUGAGCCACAUGUGUUUCAGUAUAACCUGCCAGCUCACCCAAUCCCAUUAAAUUUGCACGAGAGCUCUCGGUCUGGGCUACAAAGAUUGUCCAACAUCUCCAAUCCUCCCCCUCUCAUCUCUUCCACCAAACACCCAUCUGUUCUGGAGCGGUCCAUCGGCUCCAUUUCCCAGGGGGUGCCCAUUCAGCUCCAUACGCCGUACAGCUCUGAGCAUGCAAAAGUUCCCGUUGGCUCCAUCACCAUGGGCCUGCCAUUGACUAUGGAUCCUAAGAAACUGGUGCCUUUUCCUGGAGUAAAGCAGGAACAACUUUCUCCUAGAAGCCAGGCCAACCAGCCUGAAAGUCUGGUAAUGCAGACGUCCCAAGAGAGCUCCAUCCUGAGGGGGGCAUCGCUGGGCUCAACCCCAGGAGGGAGCAUCAGCAAGGGGCUCCCCAGUGCCAGGCCUCCGUCGGAAUCGCCCAUCACCUAUCGGGGAUCCAUCACGCAUGGCACCCCAGCUGAAGUGCUGUACAAAGGAACCAUUACCAGACUGAUCGGAGAAGACAGCCCCGGCAGAGCAGAGAAGGCGAGAGAGGAUGCCUUGACCAAAGGACAUGUCAUCUACGAAGGGAAGAAGGGCCACGUGCUCUCCUAUGACGGUGGAGUCGGUGCUUCCCAGUGCCCCAAGGAGGACAGCAGAAGCGCUGGCGCUUCUCAUGAGACCACUGGUACCAAACGGACCUACGAUAUGAUGGAGGGGAGGAUCAGCCGGGGUUUGCCGGCGCGCGAUCUGUCGUCCACUAGCAUUGAAGGUCUAAUGGGUCGAGCGAUCCCCCCCGACAGACACAGUCCCCAUAACUUAAAGGAGCAGCAUCAUAUCCGGGGCUCAAUUACACAAGGAAUCCCGCGAUCCUACGUGGAGGGCCACGAGGACUACCUCAGAAGAGAAGCCAAACAGCUCAAGAGGGAAAACACUCCCCCAAGGGACUUGUCCGACACUUACAAAGUCAGGCCUCACGAGGGCCUCGCUCCCUUGAAAAUGAAAGCAGCUCACGAAGGCCUCGUUGCCACCGUGAAGGAAGCGGGAAGAUCGAUCCACGAGAUUCCCAGGGAAGAGUUAAGGCGCACGCCUGACAUCCCGGUGGCAGCAAGGCCUCUGAAGGAAGGAUCCAUCACACAGGGUACCCCGCUGAAAUACGACAGCAACUCUUCUUCUGUAAGUGCCAAAAAGCAUGAUGUCCUGUCGAUCAUCGGGAGCCCAGGGAGGACUUUUCACUCUGUGCACUCGCUGGACGUCAUGCAAGACCCAAGGACUCUGGAAAGAGUUUGUUACGAGGAGAGCCUGAAAAGCAGGCCCAGCCCAGUUACAAACUCCGGAGGUUCAAUUACCAGGGGAGCCCCCGUGAUUGUCCCUGAGCCCGGAAAGCCUCGCCGUAGCCCGCUUACCUACGAGGACCACGGGGCAGCGUUUAGUAGCCAUCUGCAUCGAGGUUCUCCGGUAUCCACAAGGGAGUCGACCCCAAGGCAGCAUGAAGGGAGCAUCACAGCUGGGAAGCCGGUGUCCCAGGACAGAAAGAUCACCCCCACGCCAAGAGACAUCACCAAUUCCAAGUCUCCUCACGCUACUCUAUCGGACCAUCACCAUCCCAUCUCCCCCUACGAACAUUUACUCCGGGGAAUGAGUGGUGUCGAUUUGUACAGAGGACACAUUCCAUUGGCCUUCGACCCCGCUGCAAUUCCCAGGGGAAUUCAACUGGAAGCAGCUGCUGCUUACUACUUGCCCAGGCAUCUCACUCCAAGCCCGACGUACCCCCAUCUCUACCCUCCAUACCUCAUCAGAGGGUAUCCAGACACUGCCGCCAUGGAGAACAGGCAGACCAUCAUCAACGACUACAUCACCUCCCAGCAGAUGCACCAGAACGCCGCCGCCACUGCCAUGGCUCAGAGGGCAGACAUGCUGCGCGGACUUUCGCCCCGAGAACCCUCGCUGGCUCUCAACUAUGCUGCAGGGAUCAUCGACCUAUCCCAAGUGCCGCACCUGCCCGUCCUCGUGCCCCCCACACCUGGCACCUCCGCCGCCUCGAUGGACCGAAUCACGUACAUCCCCAGCGCCCCCCAGACAUUUAGCAGCCGGCACAGCAGCUCCCCACUCUCCCCAGGAGGCCCCACGCACAUGACCAAACAGACAGGAGCAUCGGCGUCCGAACGGGAACGAGAUCGGGAGCGCGAGAGGGAGCGUGAGAAAUCCUUCCUAGCAGCCACCACUGUGGAGCAUGCGCCCAUCUGGAGACCAGGGACCGAGCAAAGCAGCAGCCGUUCAGCCACUCAUUCUCACAGCCACCAGCACUCUCCCGCCUCACCCCGCACCCAUGAGACCGUCCAGCAGCGGCCCAGCGUGCUGCACAACACGGGCAUGAAGCUCAUCUCGUCGGAGAGCCUCACCCCGUCGGUUCUGCGAUCCACCACCACCACCACCACAUCGCCCAUCCGCUCCGCAGGCUUUCCCACGGCAUCCGCCCUGCGUUGCUCGCUCGGUGGAGUGGACAGCUAUGUAGCCAUGAUGGACCCUGCUCUCCUACAGAAAGAGGCGUCCAGGGCCCGAGAAGCCAAGGUAGAACGCCCUCAGACUGACAACAACAUGUUCACCUCAAAGCUGCCCAGUGGGGCAGGCCUAGAACAGUCAUCAUCACCUAUUAAAGCCAUGGAGUCCAGGCCCUUACCAGCCUCCGGGCCAGGUUCUACCCAGCAGUAUAGCAGAGGACAGGGGAAAAACCAGCACCAUCAUCCACCCCUGGAUCAGCAGCACGCAGUCUCGGUCAAUGAGCAGCACAGUAGAGAAAAGAAUCAAAGUAAAUCCUUUUCAAUGCAGGAACAGGAGCUCCGAGCACUCGGUAAGACCACCAUGACAGCGGCCAGCUUCAUAGAUGUGAUUAUCAUGCGUCAAAUUUCUUGCGAUAAGGGGAAGCGAGAAAGACGCUCGCUAAAUAACGACUCCACUAGUGAUGGGUUCCACGGAGGCUACAGCCCUGAUGGCGUUGAAGCAGUAAGCCCGGCGAGCUCACCCAGCGUAUCCCACGAGAAAGGGGCAAAGGUGCUGCCGGAUGUGGAGAAAGGGCACGGGGAGCACAACGUGAGACAAAAACAGCAAGCCUCCCUGAAGCUCUCUGCAGCAGAAGCAGCGCACAUGCAGCACCUGCGCCAGUUGCCCGAAGGCCAGCAAUCCCCAUGCCAGCUGCUGCAGUCGUCCCAGAACAUCAAAGGCCACCAGCAGCGGGUGGUCACGCUGGCUCAGCACAUCAGCGAGGUUAUCACACAAGACUACACGCGCCAUCAUCCUCAGCAGCUCAACUCCCACCUCCAGACCCCGGUGUACUCCUUCCCUGGGGCCACAUGUCCCGUGCUGGACCUGCGAAGGACGCCCAGUGAGGCUUACAUCCAGCCGCAGGAGCAUGCUCCGGCCUCCAGAAUCUCCCCGCAGAGCGAGGGAGACAAGAGAUCUCCUGAGCAGAGCAAAGCAUCUGCGGGGAGUGCACCAGAUGACUGCAUCGAGCCUGUCUCGCCACCAGACGGCAUGGGAGAGCCGGAGCACACAAGGAGCACCUCGUACCCAAUCUUGUACCGAGAGGGAGAACAGUCAGAGCAGAGAAUGGGUUCCAAAUCCCCAGGAAACAACACCCAGCCCCCAGCCUUCUUCAGCAAACUGACCGAGAGCAACUCCGCCAUGGUGAAAUCCAAGAAGCAGGAGAUCAUCAAAAAGCUCGGCACGACCAACAGGAGCGAAACGGAGUACAAUGUUGGACAGCCUGGGACAGAGAUUUUCAACAUGCCAGCAAUUACUGGAGCAGGGCUAAUCAGUUGUAGAAGCCAGUCGGUUCAAGAAAAUUCCAGUACCAACAUGGGGUUGGAGGCAAUAAUUAGGAAGGCCCUAAUGGGAGGAGGAGGAGGGAAGCCAAAGAUUGCUGCCAGACCCAACAGCCGCAAGGCCAAGUCUCCAGCGCCGGGCCUGUCCUCCGGAGAGAGACCACCGUCUGUUUCUUCCGUUCAUUCGGAGGGGGACUGUAACAGGAGGACACCGCUAACCAGUCGAGUCUGGGAGGACAGGCCUUCGUCUGCAGGUUCCACGCCAUUUCCAUACAAUCCACUGACAAUGAGGCUUCCAACCGGCGUGGUGACAGCCCCGCCGCCAGCGUCCAUUCCACAAGGGAACUCCAUCGGCCAGCACCACGCCUGGGAGGAGGAGCCCAAGCCCCUGCUCUGCUCCCAGUACGAAACGCUCUCAGACAGUGAAUGAACGAAAGAGAGGGAGGAGAAGAGUGGACACGCGUGGGUAACGAGCUGGCCAAGGUGAACUCCGGCCAUAUCAGUCCAUGGCGCUGUCAGCAAAGAAGCCGGAGCAGCGCUUUUCCAAUCGGUCGAUUUCUCACAUCAGGAAAUUUCUGAAUCCUCUUCAGUCUAAAGCCUUAAGACAGCCAGCUGGAACCCAGCCUAGUUCUCUUUCCAGCACUGGUGUCCUCACGCAGCAGCUCAGAGCUUGAGAUACAGUCUGUGAACAGCUGAUGGGAGGUGGGAGGAAGCUCCAAAGGAUGCAAUCGCUCACUGAAUCCCAGUUGUUUAGUUGUUUACUCAGGGGAGACCAGCUGGUGCUCCAGUUCUACUCCUUAGAUUCGUUGAGAACGAGGAAACCCAUGUUGGGAGGAGAGCGAGCGUGCUUGGGUGCAUGUGCAUAUACUAUAUGUGUGUGCGCCUAGGCACACAUAUAGCGUGUAUUCUCUGCCUGCACACCCGCGUUGCCUGCUAUCGAGUACUUGAAAUAGGAUUAGACUGCCCUCCCCCAGCCUCCAGGUUGUUCCAUGCAUUUAUCAGCCCACAGGCUGCGCCACUGAAUUAUAAAAUCAAAAGGGCCCCAUUUUGUUCCUCUUGGGCUGCUUGGGAUGUUCCUUUUACAGGCAUCCCCUGCAUGGGAUUAACUUCCCCAGCAGGCCCCGGAAAAGCUUAAACAAAUAAAAAUUCCGGGGGGGGAGGGAACUAAGGAUCCAUUUAACAACAACAAAAAAGUCCUUCUGAGCGAGAAAUCCUUGGUUUAUCUUGUAAUCAAAAGAAGUUCCCCAUAUUGUGGUGCAUUAAUCUGCAGCUGAAGGGACUCCAUUGCUCGAAGUGCAUUGUUUCCUGAAUGGUGAGAAAAAGCAAUUGUAAAUGAUGUAUUGGUCUACAGGGUAUAUUUUUGAUACCUUCAGUGAAUUAUGUCAAGAUGUUUGACGUGAGGAAGGACUUAAAACAGUGUUACGUGCUGCUUUCAGUCUCGGCUCCUGGAAAAGAGGUUCUGUUAUUGCGUGCAAGAUUUGACGAGUUUGUCCAUUGUAUGGAAAUGUAAAAAAGGUCUCGUUGAUCCAUCACAGUUGUCUGUACGUCAGUAGAAUGUAUUAACUUAGUUUAAAAAAAAAAAUGUUGCCACAACUGCAGGGCCUCCUCAUUAUUACAUAUACUGCUCUUAAGCCAAGAGGAAUUUUCUUCUCCUUACAGAGCUUUUCUCUCUGGCACGGAGAUCUCAAGGGAGCCUUUCCGAAGACCUUGUCAAUGUUUUUGUUUGCAGUGGGAGGGGAUUCGUGAGAAACUUAAAACGUUUGUAUUGUAUUUUUCUGAUGCACACGAACGCUCUGCUUUAUAUUAUUUUUCAUUCCAUGAUGUUGGAUCAUAUCUGCAGUUACACGGUUCAAGAACAAAAUAUUAGACUUUUGUUUUUCCUUCACUUCUGCUUUCUCACUCUGGGGAUUUGGGGGGGGGGGGGGGGAAGAUGAUGUAUUAAAUGCUUUGCAUUCUGCACGCUAGAGGAAAGA